AUGACAGAUCAAGACAAUUCUUACCGACCCCGAUCACCCGAUUUUUCCACCUUUCAAACCCCCAUCUCUCCCUCCGUCUCCCAUCCCGCCUAUCCGUUGACCAGCCCAUUGGCUCACCGUGCCUCCUACGACGCAUCUCCGUUCUUCACCCCGCAAUACCAGCCUCCUCAGGCCCCGCCUACCAGGGUUCCUCAACAAUAUAUACCCCCGUUCACGGAGACGAAUUUAGACCCUACCGAGAUGGCCCGUCGAUCGUCUCGGAUUGCGCGUGUUGCCGAGGCAGCGCCCAUGGUGGAAACUAGAUACGCAGAGCCUAUGCUAUCUGAGGAACCACCCAAACCAGCUCCUAUAGUUGCACCUGUGGCGCCUGCAGCCAAUGUGGAAGUGAAGACGAAGUUUCCGGUUGCGCGUAUCAAGCGCAUCAUGCAAGCGGACGAGGAUGUCGGGAAGGUGGCUCAGGUUACUCCCAUCGCUGUUUCAAAAGCACUAGAACUCUUUAUGAUCUCCCUAGUCACCAAAGCGGCAAAGGAGGCCAAGGACCGCAAUUCGAAACGCGUUACCGCUACACAUCUGAAACAAGCCGUCGCCAAAGAUGAAGUUUUGGACUUCCUCGCGGAUAUAAUUGCUAAGGUCCCUGACCAACCCACGGGGAGGAAACAUGAUGAUGACAACAGUGAUCAAAAUGAGCAACCCAAACGAAAGCGCGGCGGGCGCCGACCGAAAGACGAUAGUGAUUAA